AUGUCGUUUGCCCGAUCAUUGCUGCCAUUGGUUCGACCCACCGUCAACUUGACUCGACCGGCAUGUCAACAACGACCGAUUGCUCUCCAAAUGUGCCGCAAGAUCAACACAGCAGCAGCUUCCCAAUCGGCUGGCACUGGUAAUUUGUCUUCCAUGGUGUACCAUUUCAGACGACAACAGCACUUGCCUUAUUUCUUGGAGUAUCUCAUGUGGGUUAUUCUUGGCUCGGAAGCCUUGCAUCUCAUGUGGCUCAAGAUGGAAAAGAAGGAAUACAAGGAGAAGACGCAACACAAGAUCAAGCUGCUGGAAGAGAUCAUUGACCGUAUUGAGAAAGGACAAGCAUUCACGGAUGACUUUCGGGAGGAGAUCCGGAUUGUUUUGAAGAGUGGCCGAUUACAACAUCACGAGGAAGAGGAUGAGGAUGUGGAUGAUGAUUAUCUUGACAAAUUGCUUGCUCUCAAAGAACAAGAGGAACAACAGGCGCAAGAAAAGACAUCCACGCCAUCAUCAGAAUCAUCAUCCAAGGACACCCCAAUCAAAUCCACUUGGCCUUCACAGGAUGACAAUGGUGACAAAAAGAAAAAGGCCUUCUUUCUGUAA